AUGGCUACGGAGAAGAUUAUGUCGCUUGACUACUUCAAACCAAACAGUUCUAAUAGUCCCUUUCAGCCUAACUUUAUUCCAGCAUCUUCCAAUGUCGCCUACUACAGCGAAAUGACUGAAUUUUCAGCACCUAGAGUGACGGAGAAUGGGAUUUAUCCCAGCCCCGUAGCAUAUGACCAAUCUACUUAUACAAAGCAUCCAUCAAACGAAGAUUACACACCUGGUUGGAGUUGCGAGGCUGUUAGAUCGGGUUUUUACGAAGAGGGUCUUUCAACGCCAGCCAAGUUCUCAACUUAUCAAGAUGACUGGAAAGAAGUGAUUCCACGCGUUCAGGAAAAUCUAUACAGUCCGAAAUCCGCUGGUUCAAACGCUACCUUAAUAAUGCAUAUGGUAACUCCCUCUGAUUGUGAGGAUGAAGCAGAAGGAGAGGAGGAAGGCGGAUCUCUCAGUGGUGAGUCUUGCUCUGAGGAGCUCUCUGAACGCGGUCCUGUCACUGUCUAUGGCCACAGCACCUUUCCGCAGGCUUGCUGCACGCCUUGCACAACUACCUAUACUGGCUCAACAGCAGGAAGAGACUCACGAGGGGCGCAUCAGUACGCUUCGGAGACAGACUCACACCCAAAGGGUUCUUACGGAUUGUCAGUCAAGGCGAAUGGAGUAAGUUUUGCUUUCAGCCAUCAUUACAAAUUAUAA